AAAAUGAAUUUUAUAAAUAAUCACCAAAUCCAAUAUAAAUUUUUAUUGAACCCCCUUUUGCUGAUUUUUAGUUCUCUUCUUUUUUGAUCUUUAACACUGUUCAUCAACUUAUUACGUUCCUUUUGUUAAAAAAACAUUUAGUUAUCCAACUAUAGUCUUUCAUUACUCCCCCUAACUUUUUUACCAAAACUUAAGAACUUAAGAUUCCACGUUGUUUCACAACUUUGUCAUUCCUUUAACACAUUAAAUUCUUUCACAUUCCUUUUACUACUACUUAAACAGUACGUUCCUUUUUAAACAUGAAAACUUCAUUCAUUACUUUAUUAGCUUUAGCCACCGCUGCUUUAGCUGCUCCUUUACAAGGUCAUAAACAUCAUCAACAUGAUAAAAGAGCCAUUGUUACCAAGAUUGUCUAUGUUGAUAUCUAUGGUAACCCAAUCACAGGUCCAAGUUCAACUGUGUCUGCUGCUAUUGAAACUGCUGCUAUUGUAAACCCAUCUCCAGCUCAAGCUAUCUCAACCUCAACUGGUACUAAUGCUGCUCCAGUUGCUACUGCUUCUGCUUCUGCUGGUUCUUCUUCCGGUUCUACUGGUGGUAUUAACGGUGAUUUAAAUCCUUUCACUAACCCAAGUGUUCCAUUCGAAGAUGGUAAAUACUCUUGUGAUUCCGUCCCAGUUGGUCAAGGUGUUAUUUCCGUUGACUGGAUUGCUGGUUUAAACGGUGGUUGGACUACUAUUAUGAGUGAAACCGGUAACACUGCUUCUACUUGUCAAGAAGGUUACUACUGUUCUUAUGCUUGUCAAGCUGGUAUGUCUAAAACCCAAUGGCCAUCUGCUCAACCAGCUAACGGUAUUUCCGUUGGUGGUUUAACUUGUCAAAACGGUUUAUUAUACAGAUCAAACACUGACUCUGAUUACUUAUGUGAAUGGGGUGCUGAUACUGCUGAAUUUAUUUCUCAAAUUGGUCAAGAUGUUGCUAUUUGUAGAACUGAUUACCCAGGUUCCGAAAACAUGAAUAUUCCAACCUUAUUAACUGCCGGUGGUAGUGCUCCAGCCUCUGUUGUUGAUUCAGAUACUUACUACACCUGGAGAGGAGGUAAAACUUCUGCUCAAUACUAUGUUAACAAUGCUGGUGUUUCCGUUGAAAAUGGUUGUAUCUGGGGUACUGCUGGUUCUGGUGUUGGUAACUGGGCUCCAGUUGUCUUAGGUUCUGGAACUACUGGUGGUAACACUUACUUAUCUUUGAUUCCAAACCCAAACAAUCAAACUCCUCCAAACUAUAACAUUAAAAUCAUUGGUACCAGUGGUGCUAGUGUUGUUGGUGCUUGUUCUUAUGAAAAUGGUCAAUAUACCGGUAGUGGAAGUGAUGGAUGUACCGUCACCCUUACUUCUGGUAAAGCUCAAUUUGUCUUUUUCUAAAUUUAACUAUUUAGAAAUUUGAUUUAAAAUGGAACUUAAAAAAAUACCCAACCUUUUUCUAAAACAUGUAUGUUUUUUUUAUUUGUUUCCCCAUCUGUAUUAUUGUUUUAUAUAUUAUUAAGAAAUUAUUAAUAAUUGCAAAACUUUUACUUUUUGAAGUGCUUUUUCUUAUUUUCUUGUUUUGUUUUAUCUUGUUUUUUACGUUAAUGUGUAUCAAGAAGAGUUUAGAAGAAUUAUAGAAAUUUAUCACUGCAGAAGUAAAGUAAAUAGGGUUUUCUAGCUAUCAUUGGAGGUUUAUCUUUAUCAUUUCUUCUGUUUGAAUUUUGUAUUUUUCGUGACCUUCAAAGGAGUUUAAAUCUUUACAUGGUUUUUCUUACUUUGGGUAUAUUUUUUAGAUUUUUUAUAUGUAUAUAUAUAUUGUAUUU